AUGGGGGGUUUAAGCGAGAUCGAUCUGCGGCGGUUUUGGGAUAACUCAGAAUUGAAAAUUGCAUCGGUCGAGUCUAUUGGCAGGUCAGGCGGCUUGGUUUCUCUGUGGAACCCGGAUGUCCUUUCGGUUGAUAUUGUAAUUAAGAAUCAGAGGUUUCUUUUGACUUCGGGCUUAAUUACAGGGGUGUCUGACAGAGUUAACAUCCUUAAUAUAUAUGCCCCCAACGACUCGGCUAUGAAGAGAUUUCUCUGGGAGGAAAUCGCUAAUCUGUUAUCUCAUUACGAUGGGCUUUGGAUCCUUCUCGGAGACUUCAACGAUGUUAGAUCAGAAGCGGAAAGGGAAAACUCGAGAUUUGACUGGGGCUCUUCCGAAGCUUUCAACGGGUUUAUCGCUAAUGCGGGCCUCUUGGAAUACUCUAUGGCUGGAGGAGAACCGAGACUAGUUGACAUUAUUGAUUUGGGCUUGUCUAAUAAGUUGGGUGCGGGUAACAAAGAUGUGGUUCUUGCCGAUAUUCUGAGAAAAAUUAAGCUGGGCAUUAAAAAAUGGAGGGCGGAGGUUAGGGAUGAGGAAAAUAAGAAUUUGAACGAGAUGGAAGCUAGGAUUGACAUGAUUGAGGAAAAAGCCGCCAAUGGGUUGGUUUCAUCUGAGGAAAACAAAUUGAGAAUUGAGCUUCGUAUCAAGAUGAAUAAAUUGGAGUCGAAUAAGGCUAAAGAUCCCCUUCAGAAGGCCCGUGUUAAUUGGCUGAAAUUUGGAGAUUAA